AGAACAUCGAUAAAUAUAUGAUUUGUGUCCAGUAGAAGAUCCAGUUUAUUUUAAUAAAUAAAUAAAGUGAUGUGCUUCCGAGAAUAUCACAAUGGUUACAUACACCAGACUCCCACCCGUCACAGCUGCCACUGCUAGGUAACAUGAAUUCGACCAUGGAUAGCACACAAGUGGAGUCAGAUCACGGGAUCACUAGUAGGUCAGGUUCUACUUCUAUGGAGGUGGCAUCAUCUUCUUCAGUGUACAAAAGUAGCAGAAAAAAUCUUGGGUUGUAUUUUAUGGAGUCCGAUGAGGGCAGGAGGACACCUUUUGCCGGCGGUUACAUUACUGGAGGUGGAGGUGGAGGUGGAGGAACCACGCCCGUUGAUAUUCAACGGAAACCUAUCUCCGAACAACGUCUCUCCAAAACCGGUGGUUGGCUAGCUGCCUUCUUCAUUUUCGGGAAUGAAAUGACGGAAAGAAUGGCUUACUUUGGGCUGUCUAUUAAUAUGGUAGCUUUUAUGUUCUACGUGAUGCACAGACCUUUCUCCAGUUCAGCAAAUGCUGUAAAUAAUUUCUUGGGAAUUUCCCAAGCGUCGUCAGUUUUUGGUGGUUUCUUAGCCGACGCAUAUCUUGGUCGCUAUUGGACAAUUGCUAUAUUUUCCACCAUCUAUCUUGCGGGUUUAACAGGAAUAACUUUAUCUGCUACAAUGAACAUAUUAGUGCCAAAGCAAGAUGACUGUAGUCAGUUUGCGCUGCUUUUGGGAAAUUGUGAAUCUGCAAGGCCAUGGCAAAUGUUCUACCUCUACACUGUACUUUACAUAACGGGCUUUGGAGCAGCAGGAAUAAGGCCUUGUGUGUCUUCUUUUGGGGCUGAUCAGUUUGAUGAGAGAAGCCAGAAUUACAAGUCUCACCUGGACAGAUAUUUUAACUUGUUCUACCUCUGUGUCACCCUAGGGGCCAUUGUGGCCUUUACAGCCAUCGUGUACAUCCAAAUAAAACACGGAUGGGGAUUUGCCUUUGGUACCCUAGCUAUAGCCAUGGGCAUCUCCAACAUGCUCUUCUUUUUGGGAACUCCUUUAUACCGUCAUAGACUGCCUGGAGGCAGCCCUCUCACCCGUGUUGCACAAGUCCUGGUUGCUGCUUUUCACAAGAGAAAUGUCUCCUUUGAUACCACUGAAUUAAUAGGCCUUUACGAGCUACCAGGAAACAGAUCUGCAAUCAAGGGUAGCACCAAGAUACCUCACUCUAAUGAUUUCAGGUGCUUGGAUAAGGCAGCUCUGCAACUAAAAGAUGAUGGAGGGGACUGCCAGGUGCCAAGUCCUUGGAAACUCUGCACGGUGACACAGGUUGAGGAAGUGAAGAUUCUAAUAAAGCUUCUUCCCAUUCCGGCCUGCACUAUCAUGCUGAGCCUAAUCUUGACUGAGUUUUUGACUCUAUCAGUGCAACAAGCUUAUACAUUAAAUACCUAUAUGGGGCAUUUGAAACUCCCUGUCACAUGCAUGCCAGUAUUCCCUGGCCUAAGCAUAUUUCUAUUGCUAUCUCUUUAUUACACCGUAUUUGUGCCUCUGUCCAAGCGCAUAACGGGAAAUCCUCAUGGUGCUUCCCAGCUACAGAGGGUAGGAAUUGGUUUGGGACUUUCAAUAUUGUCUGUGGCGUGGGCUGCAGUGUUUGAGAGAUUCAGAAGGAAUUAUGCAAUAGAACACGGAUUUGAGGCUAGUUUUCUUAGCCCUAUGCCUGACUUGAGUGCAUACUGGCUGUUGAUUCAGUACUGCCUCAUUGGACUAGCUGAAGUAUUUUGUAUUGUGGGACUACUGGAAUUUCUCUACCAGGAGGCCCCCGAUGCGAUGAGAAGUAUCGGUUCAGCUUAUGCUGCACUAGCUGGGGGUCUGGGUUGCUUUGCUGCCACUGCUUUAAACAGCAUUAUCAACUCUGCAACAGGAGACCAGGAAAAAAGGAAAAUUUCGUGGCUGUCCCAGAACAUAAAUAACGGAAGAUUUGACUAUCUUUAUUGGCUUCUCACAGCAAUGAGUUUGAUCAAUUUUUUCAUCUUUUUAUAUUGCGCUCGUAGAUACCAGUACAGGAGAAAGCAUACUGGCGCUGCUGGAGGGAUCGAGAUUGCCACAGGCGAAGCAGUUUGAAUAGAUUGUUCUGAAUAAGGAGACUUCAAAAUUUAUUUAAAGCUGCGAAAAAUUGUUGAUCUUGCCAUUAAAAUACGUACCAAUUUAAUUUUGGUCUCUUAAUUUCUGCACUAUUAUAAAUUUUAUAUUUUCUUUAAUUGCUUCGUAUACAGAACUGUAUUGAACUUGAAUAUUUCCCUUUCUCA